GGCCAAAUAUAUUUUUAUAUAUAGUUAAACGCUUAAUAAAAUAAAUCAAAAAUCAAGUCAUAUGCCAGGUAGGCUAUUGUGUUCGUAUUUUGUGUAAGGGGAACUUUUAAUCUGAUUAUAUAUUUUUUUCUAAUUCAUAUCUUGUGCUGGUUGAGUCCGUUCCGCCCACUUUGAGCCCGGGUAAGACAGCCUGCGCAUACUAGCCCAAGUAAAGUAUCAAUCCUGAGGGGACGGACCAUGAGGAAGGUCUUCAGAUGUGCGGAACUGCGUGCUGACUCAACGUGGGGUACGCGGUUUGGUGGACGAAAUGGCUGCAACAGCUUCUUCGCUAUAUCUGCACGGACCUCCGGAACAUAGACAACAUUAAAUGAGAAAUACGAUGGAUAAGUGAAACAAGCCAACUCCAUCUAUCUACCCAACUUCUCAAUGCCCCCCAACAACGGCACAAUGGUUUACGGCCAGAUACUCCACAGCCGCGGCCGAGAGGAAGACCAGGUCAACCUCAAUGUGGGCGGGAUGCUGCACAAGGUGGACAAGAGCACGCUGAUGCGCUUCCCGCAGACACGCCUUGGGCGCCUGCUGUGCUGCCACACGGAGGAGGCUAUCUUGGAACUGUGCGAUGACUACAGUGCAGCUGACCAGGAGUACUACUUUGACCGCAACCCCGGCAUCUUCCGCUGUGUGCUAAACUUCUACCACACGGGCCACAUUCAUGUGAUGGAGGAGUUGUGCGUGUUCUCGUUCAACCAGGAGAUCGAAUACUGGGGCAUCCAGGAGCUAUACCUGGCCUCAUGCUGUAGCAACUGGUACCAGGAGCGCAAGGCGUACAUCGAGGACCGCGACUGGGACGUGCGUAGCGAUGACCCACAGCCCAGCUUGGACUCGUCCUUCGAGGAGCUCUCGGUGCUGGAGAAGGACCUGGAAAAGUUCAAGGGUGCCUGGUGUGCGGACAUCCGACGCUACGUGUGGCUGACCCUGGAGGACCCAGGCUACUCGCUCUCGUCGAAAGUGAUUACGGCGGCAUCGCUGAGCGUGGUGCUCACCUCCAUCGUAGCCAUGUGCGUGCACAGCAUGCCCGAGUUUCAGCGCGUGGACGCCAGCGACCGGCCGGUCGAGGACCCUGUCCUGGCCAUCCUGGAGGUGGUCUGCAUCAUUUGCUUCUCGGCCGAGUUCGCCGUGCGACUGGUCGUGGCGCCCUCGCCCCGCAAGUUCCUUGCCAACCCUCUCAACAUGAUUGACUUUGCGUCCAUCCUGCCAUUCUACAUCACGCUGGCGUUCGAGACCAUCGACGAGGAGCGGGGCGAGGAGGAGAGCGAGAACCUGGAGAACGUGGGCAAGGUGGUGCAGGUGCUACGGCUCAUGCGCAUCUUCCGCAUCCUCAAGCUGGCGCGCCACUCGGUGGGGCUGCGCGCGCUGGGCGCCACGGUGCGCCACAGCUACGAGGAAGUGGGCCUCCUCAUCCUCUUCCUCUCCGUCGGGAUCUCCAUCUUCUCCGUGCUCAUCUACUCGGCCGAGAAGGAGGACGCCGACUCGGACCUCGGCACCAUCCCGGUCGGCUGGUGGUGGGCCACCAUCACCAUGACCACCGUCGGCUACGGCGACACCUGCCCCGUGACGACGGCCGGCAAGCUCGUGGCGGCGCUCUGCAUCAUCUGCGGCCUGCUCGUGGUGGCCCUGCCCAUCAGCAUCAUCUUCAACAAGUUCUCUAAGUACUACCAGAGGAACAAGGCCAUGGACGCCAACCUGGCCGAAGCCGACAAGCCGCCAGACAGUCCUUACAUGCACAUCCGAGAGCUCUACGGUCAGAGCCUGUACCCCUUCCUUGGUGGGAUCUCCUUCAAAAGCAGCGACAGCAGCGGUGGGGAUGACACGGACGCGUCCAGCCUCCAGGACGUCGAGGCUGUAUGUGACGUGGACGUUCCAGAAAAAAAGGAGCCGAAGUAACUUUUUUUUUUUUUCCCUUUCCAUUUCCUUGUUGCUAUCUGGCUUCUGUGGCGAGACACACUUUACCGCUGAAAGCACUUUCCUCAGGGCUAAUAAAAUAUCUCCUCUACCAGCCUCGACACAAUAGCGGCAUCUUCUCAGAAUGCAGAGAUGUCUUCUUACAUUUUCAGUUUGCGCUGACUGAUGUUCACAGGAAAUGUGAUUCUUUAUUUUGUGCCUCAACCCCCCCCCCAAUUGGAGUAUGCACACUGGAUGGACAAUGGCAGGAAGCCAAAACAACUUAAUUGAAAACUUGCAGUGUGUCCAUUUUCCUCUCAACUGACAGCAAACGGGGAGAUUGUCAAUCUGUACCCUUCCAUUAUAGGCCUAAUCUGUCUGCCCGGAAACUGUCCACGGUGAGUCACAAAUUGCAGACAUCAGAUGCAAAGCAAACCGUGUCAAAGUUAUCAGCAACGGAAGGAAUCUGGAAGGCAAGCCCAAUCCCAACUCGUCCCAAAAAAAGCACCUCUUUCGGCAUUGUGUGAAUAGAUGUUAUUGAUUGGAUUUGGCUUGGACAACUGCAUGAGUUAAAGCAUCCUCACUUCACCCCUGAACCCACUCUAUGCAUUAUAUUGAUGGUACUAGUCAUUAUGACCUCCCAUGGAGAGUAUUUGCUCUUCAUAUGGUUAAACCUUUUGGAAUGUGAUUGCAAAGCCUGUGACACACACACACACACAGACACACACACACACACACACACACACAGACAAGGACACAGAUCCACUGACACACCAUCCUCCAAACAAAUGCUGGCAUGGCAUGCUCCCAGUAAAGGGCUGAAGAACAGAAAUGGUAAAUGAAUAAAGAGAUUUGCCCGAGGUUA